ACAAAACACUAUCUCCCCACGCCUUAUGAAUUCCUAAUCUGAAUUCACCCGCGGUUUGAUGUACUUUCAUUUUAAUUACCCACACUUAUCAAAUGGUAUGUUUCAACUGUCUCUAGUUCUCUUUAGUGUUUGCCAAUGUUGGAGGUGUAACUGGGGUCUGGCCCUAAACAAAGGUAAAUAAAUGCACAUAAUAUUCGUCAGUUUGUUUUCAUGUUGUCUUUAGUUUAGUUGCUAUGCUGCUUUCACUCCGCUUCCGUUGCCAACGGGCAGAGAAAGAGCCGAGACUUUCGUGGUAGAUGGAGCGCUAAGAUGAUGCUAACAAGAGGGGCGCUCGGCCGACCAGCCAUGAUGAGCUUGAAGCCAGCUGAAGCAACGAUUCCAUGACCAUCAUGUUGCCUAAUAAUAAGCCGUUACUCAUAAAAGACUCCAUAAUCGUCCCGGAAUGCAUGAUCAACGUGAUGUCCGUUUGUUUUGGGGACCUGCCACGCAGAGGGAAGGUUGUGUUUCUGCAUGGCAACGUUAGCUUCCUGCUAAAGUGGAAAGAGUCGCAGCCUUCAUGAAUGCUCGAAGUUAUUCAGUCAUCGAAAUAAACCUGACAGAAAUUGGGGGCUCGUUCCGGGAUCUCGACACGCCUUGAACGGUUCCAGCGGGCUCUUCGACGCAGGUGACAAUCCUCGGCCGAGGUAAAACAAAAGCCCUUUGACGGGACUGUCUCGAUCAGUCCGGCUGGACACCGGGAGGGUUGACGAGAUCUUCCGAGGAAGAGAAUCAGCAAACCGAAUAGAGCAUGGCUCACGUACAAGCACAGACCUCAGCAGCCCAGGCUGGUCCUGGCCUCUCCUCUGGAGGUCCUCUGGCAGCCAAGACCAGCCCAGGAUCUCUGGGUCUGCAGCCCUCUGUCAACGGCACAGGCCCGUCCCCCACACCCGCCUGCCCCGCUCCUGCAGCUGGAUUUGGGGACGUUCCUGUGUCUGCCACACCGCCAGGUUUGCCCGAGGAGAACAUGGCAAACCCUAAAGAGAAAACUCCAAUGUGUUUGGUGAAUGAGUUAGCCCGUUUCAAUCGGAUCCAGCCGCAGUACAAGCUCCUCAAUGAGAGAGGCCCUGCACACGCUAAGAUCUUCACAGUGCAGUUGACUCUUGGGGAGCAGGUCUGGGAGGCGGAGGGCUCCAGCAUUAAAAAGGCCCAACAUUCCACAGCCUCCAAAGCUUUGGAUGAAAGUGUCUUUCCCAAGCCAAUGCCUCGCUCACCUAAAGUGGACAUCAACAGCAAUCCAGGCAGUAUAACACCAACAGUGGAGCUGAAUGGUUUGGCUAUGAAGAGAGGCGAGCCAGCUAUCUACAGGCCUCUAGAUCUCAAACCCAUGCCCAACUACAGAACUGAUCUCAAGCCCGUGCCCAACUACAGACCUGAUCUCAAGCCCAUGCCCAACUACAGAGCUUGCUACAACUUCAGAGGCAUGUUUAACCAAAGGUACCAUUACCCAAUCCCCAAGAUCUUCUACGUCCAGCUCUCCGUGGGGAGUCACGAGUUCAUCGGGGAGGGGCGCACUCGCCAAGCGGCCAGACACAGCGCUGCCAUGAAGGCCCUCCAAGCCCUCCGCAAUGAGCCCAUCCCCGAAAGACCACCACAGGAUCUAGAAGAAAAGGUGGAGAGUGAGGAGGGCGUUGAUGCCAGCAAGUCAGAAAUUAGCCUGGUCUAUGAAAUUGCCCUGAAGAGGAACUUGACUGUCAACUUUGAGGUGUUGAAGGAGAGUGGACCCCCGCACAUGAAAAGCUUCCUGACCCGCGUCACCGUUGGGGAAUUCUCAGCUGAGGGCGAAGGCAACAGCAAAAAGCUGUCCAAGAAGCGGGCUGCGCUGUCCGUUCUGCAGGACCUGAAGAAGCUUCCCUUCAUCCCCGUUGUGGAAAAACCCAAAACACAUUACAAGAAACGCACUAAGACCAUCCUCAAGACGGGACCCGACUAUGGCCAGGGCAUGAACCCCAUCAGCCGCCUGGCCCAGAUCCAGCAGGCCAAGAAGGAGAAAGAGCCUGAGUAUUUGCUUCUAUCAGAGAGGGGGAUGCCCCGACGCAGGGAAUUCAUCAUGCAGGUGAAGGUAAACAACGAGGUUUCCACGGGAACUGGGCCGAACAAAAAGGUGGCCAAACGGAAUGCUGCUGAGGCGAUGCUGCUGCAGCUGGGAUACAAAGCUUCUAUGCUCCCUCCAAAUCCAACAGAGUUUGACGACAAAGGGUGGAAUGGACAAAAGGCGCCUUUUACCGAAACGACGAGUAACACCCAGAAAGGUCUCCUCCACCUCAGUCCUGAUGUCUACCAGGAGAUGGAAGCCAGCAGAAAGCAGGGAAGCAGUUCCCCAGGUUCCAACGGCAGUGGCGGCUCCAUGAACUACAUGCCCUCCAAAGACAUGACCCCCUGCGGCAGCCCGCUACCUCCGGGACACACGCCCUACUUCUGCAGUCCAUCCCCCGUUCCCAGCCCGACAGCCACCAUGGCACGGGAGCUGCUGCUAAACGGCCAGUCGCCCAUGGCAGACGCCGCCGCCAUGUUGCCAGGAAAGGGCACAAGUCCCCCUUUGGCCUGCGGUGUGUCGGUCCAACCUGCGCAGCAGCUGGAGUACCUGGCUCGGAUCCAGGGCUUCCAGGUGCAGUACAGCGAUGCGCAGAGUGGCAAGGAGUUUGUGACCUAUCUGACCCUCUCUCCUGUGCAAAUGACUUUUCACGGCACCGGGAGCACCCUCCAAGCGAGCCAUGACCAGGCUGCUCUAAGUGCCUUGAAACAGCUGUCGGAGCAGGGACUGGACCCGGUGGACAAGAGCACCGAAACCUGCGGGAGGGACGACGGACAUUAAACAGACUAACUCAGGCACCACCACUCAGGUCUGCACGGAUUCAAAGGCUGUCGUCCAGGAGCUGACCAACCCCCCCCCCCCCCUCUUUUUUUUCUCUUUUGGGAACACAGACCCCGCCCC